AUGCCUGCUGUUCCUCUGAUCUUGCGUAUGUCAUUGGCGGCACGAACGACAUGGCCGAGAGAUGAGGGUAGCAAGGAAGACUUGGUGGGAUCAGUGGAUGGCCACCCCUCGGCAAAGAGUGGCUUUUGGAGCUGGAAAGGUUUCAUCGAGAUGAUAAAGGCAAGCAAUAGAGUAGUCCAGUACAUUGUUUCCAAGGUUUGCGGCGCCACAAGGAGGUUGGGUAUAGCUCAAUUACCAAGGUACCAAGCUAAGGUGCCUUGGACACUCAAUGGACCACUCGAAAGCGCCAUCCAGGUCAUGCCCAACAUGUGGUACGACGCGGACGCCGUCAUGGAGCCCUACUUCCGCCCGCCUGCGACGUUGGGGUCUGAGCCCAGCUGGCACUCUUUAGCUCUGGAGCCCCUAAUGACGCCUCCGUUCCAUACAGUAACUGUCAGGCCCUACUGCAUCGCGGACUGGGAGGAGCUGCUCUUUAUGCGGAAAUAUACGGGAGCGAUGCGGAGCGGGCGCUACGGCGAGCAUGCCUGGGCCGACGAGGAUGAUUACUAUGACGACCACAUGCUUGUCGAGCGCUGCGGGGGGCAGCGGCCUCGGUCCAGGGACGCGAAGUUCCAGGUCAAAGCCGCCGGCGCCUUCGUUACCAUACACGACUACGUGUCUCAGGUGCACCCGUGGCUGAUGGGCAUGCGCGAGAGGCUCCUGGAGGCCCUGGGACACCUGGAUAGGCGGAGCGCGCCCUGGGCGCCCGACACCAAGCUGGUCGUCAAGGACAUGCAUUUGUUGAUGAUCAUUCGUGGAAAGGGCUUUGCUGAUUGUAGAAGGAAGCCGUUCGUACGGCCGCCGGGAUGGGUUCCACUGACGCCCGAGAAACACCAACGUCAAUCUACAGAGAGGAUUAUUGUCAUUUCCAAGGCUAGAAUUCUGGCACGGGAGGCGGCUGCUGUCGCAGCCGCGGAACAGGCGGCCGAGGGGGUGAACCUUGGCGUAGAAUAG